AAUGGCGGCAGAAAGCGGCAGCAGUUGUUCGGAUUCAUCCGACUGGUCUAGUGGCAGCAGUGAUGAAGAAGCGGAUUGUAGGCUCUCUCAACUGGUCAAUGAGAAGGGCAAGGAGAGUGAGGAUAGUGAUUCUACGUCUCUUGAUCACACAGAGCUGGAAAGUUUUGCCGAUGGCUUUGAGAUAAGUAAAGAUGUCAACGAUUAUGAUGCCCAUAUUCAGCUGAUCAACGCAGCCAAGGGGCUGAGUGAUUCUCCUCAAAGUCAAAACUUUGACAGUCACAGAUUAAAAGGUUUAGCUCGAAAGAGAAUGAGCAAGUAUUUUCCAUUAACUCCAGAGCUUUGGUUAGAAUGGAUACAAGAUGAGAUUGAUCUUCAGCAUUUGGAGAAAUCUAAGAUCAAUAAACUCUUCCAAAAAGCAGUUGGAGACUACACCUCACCAGAGCUGUGGGAGAAGUAUUGUAGUUUCUGCUUGGAAACUAUGAAUACAAACUACAGCAUAAGUGAAGUGCGUAGUAUCUUUGAGCAAGCUCUGACUGCAGUAGGGCUACAUGUCAGCAAGGCAGACAUUAUUUGGAAGUUAUACAGAGACUUUGAAAACAGCCUCAGAGAGAGUGCACAGAAUGAGUGUGAGAAGGACCAACAAACAGCUAGGCUGGAACGACUUUUCAAACGUCAGCUAUCAGUGCCACUCAUGAACAUAAGGGAUACAUGGAGUGAGUACGAGUCCAUGUUGGGAAAACCUCCAACACAGAUUUCUAAAGGAAUCUUAGCUCAACUUGAUAAGUACAGACCGUAUGAGCAGAAACUGUUGAAGACAACUCCUCCAAGUUACGAAGACUACAGAGCCUACCUAGAUUACGAGAAGGCAUCUAAGGGUAACCCUGCCCGUGUACAAUGCUUGUAUGAGAGAGCCAUACUAGAUCACUGUCUGCAAGAACAACUUUGGCUAGACUACACUGAAUAUGUUGAGACUAAGCUGAAGAUUAAGGACAUAGUGCUAUCAGUGUAUGACAGAUCAGUCAGGAACUGCCCUUGGUCUGGACGACUAUGGUGUAACUAUUUGAUUGCCAAGGAAAAGUUCAGAGAGUCACACAAUGUCAUUAAAGGCAAGUAUGAGGAGAUACUAUCAUCUGGUGUCCUACCUACAGCUGCAGUUUAUCUUGCUAUAUGGCAGUCAUACAUUGAUUACAUGAGGAGACGUAUACCAGAGCUUGAUCCUAGAACAUUGAUUUCAGAUGAAAAGUUAGAGUGGAGAGAAACUGUGUUUAGAGCAGUGCAGUUUAUUACUUCUGCUUAUGAAGAUGGAGAUCCAACCUGUACCCUUGUGCGUUACUGGGCUAGAAUGGAGGCCAUCUACUGUGGAAACAUACAGGAAUCCAGGAGACUUUGGAAUGAUAUCAUAAUCAAGGGACAUGCAAAUAAUGCACAAAUGUGGAUGGAGUAUUGUAGGUUGGAAAGGUCACAUGGUGAUCCAGAACAUUGUCGGAAAGUGUUCCAGCAAGCUACUGCUUCAGUCAGUGACUACCCUGAGUGGAUAUUUGAGGAAUGGAUCAUGUAUGAAAGAGAAGAGGGAACCCUAGAAACAUUGAGUAUAGCAGAAGCAAAGAUAGCCAAACAAAAGAAGCGUGUAGAUGACAUGAGAGCAAAGGCUGCUAGGGAAGAGCAACAAACACUGCAAAAACAACCCAAAAAACACUUGAAGAAAAAAGACAAGGGGGCACAACAUGACAGUUAUUCAUCAAACAGUAACCAAAGAGCAACCAAGAGGAAAUAUCCUGAGGAGCAACCUGAGCAUAGAGUAAGCUCUGUCACUGAUUUUGAUAAACCUAAGAAUGGCGAUGAUGUUUUCAAGAUACCUCAGGCUCCUUCUGCAUCCUCCAAAACACCCUCAUCCAGGUAUUCACAACAAGACUCUGAGUUUGAAUCUCCAGCAGCCAAGAAGUCUAAACCUGAAGAUGAAACAUUUACAGAGGAGACGGGUCAGACACGAUUCAAAUAUCCAGCCAAGGAAAAGUUCUUCCAUGACUCAAGUAAAGACCAUCGAACAGUAUUUGUCAAGAACCUCAGCUACAAUAUCACAGAGUCAGAGAUCAAAGCUUUUUUCUCAAAGUGUGGCAGCGUUACAGACAUUCGUAUCGCAGAAAACAACAAGCAUCAGUUCAAAGGAUUCUGCUAUGUGGAGUUUGAAGAUCAGUCAUCAGCAGAGAAGGCCUUAGAAAUGGACAAUUGUAAACUUAAAGGCAGACCAAUGUAUGUUGAUUGGUCGGAGGAUAGGACUAAAACUACUACCAAGCGCCAGUUCAAGUAUGAUACAAAGUUGGAGAAAAGUAAGCUAUUUGUGUCUGGGUUGCCACGGUCUGCUACCAAUGAGUCGUUAUUGGAAAUCUUCAAAAAGUAUGGACCAGUGAAGGAAGUCAGGGUGGUAACCUAUCGAAGCGGCAUCUCUAAAGGUCUUGCAUUUGUGGAGUUUGAAAAAGAGAGUGAUGCAUCACGAGCUGUCUUUGGUGAGGAUAACACCAUUCUAGAUGGGCAUACCAUCAAUGUUGCAAUCAGUAAUCCCCCCAAGAGAAACCCAAAGAAGGAAUUGCUAACCAAUCCAUCACAAAGCAAGACAGGUCAUACUGAGUCGAUGCAAGACAAUAAAAAGGCUGCCCAAGAUAAACUGCAAAAAGAACCAUUGAAUCCCGAACUAACUCAAAAUGAGACUUCUGACAAAAUGCAAGAUGAGACAUCCAUUCCUAAAGCAACGGAAGACAAAGCUCAAUCUGCCGGAUCAACUCAAGAUAAUGAUCAGAGUAGAACCACGGAGACAAAGAAGAGUUAUCCCAAAUCCUUAGGAGCAAAAGGUGCGGAUGGACCCAGAGGUAAAAGCCGAACGCAACUGUCAUUUGUUCCGAGAGCACUGAAUCGGAAAUCUUCAAAAUAGGAAAAAUGAAAAAGCAGUCUUUGAUCCUAUCAACAGUUAAUUUGUUAACAAAAUGUACUAAAUUAACCAUCUUUUGUAUGGUUCCAUACUACCAUAGUAGUAUCUGUUUUUUAUGCUUACUGUGUUUACUACCUACAACUUGUGGAAAGUAGUACUUAACAAACCAAGGCAGUGGAACCUGCCACAUUUUUUUAUGGUCACUUCAUUUUCGUUGCUUAAGCUUAAGAAAAUAUUGCUUCAAAAGUUUAUGCUAAGCAGCAGUAAACAGCAGUAAGCAGGAUACAAGUAACAGAUCCUACAUAAAAUAGUAUUUUAGUUGGUAACCUUUUUCUUGUAAGCAUAAUUUGAUUGUGCUUAAGCAUCUCUAUGGAAGAUCCCAGAUGAGUUUAAGAUUUUACAAACCAACACUAAUAUAAUAACUUCAUGGCCCAACUUCGUAGAGCUGCUUAAAGGCAGUGGACACUAUUGGUAAUUACUCAAAAUAAUCAUUAUAAUAAAACCUUUCUUGC